UUACCCAAUUUCCACGGCACCUGUAUCCAACCAUCCAUCGAUAUCAAAAAAAAAUUAAGACUUCUCUUUAUAAAACUAAAUUAAUAUCUCUCUUGCGUUUUCCCGAGAGAUUUAAAAAGAUUUUUUUUUCUUUUUUGUUGUUGGUUGGAUCAGAGAACUAGAUAAAAGUUUCGUUGAUUCUCUGAUCAGAGAUUACGGAUUCGUGUAAAAAGGGUUUCUCUUUUCCUUGAUUAUUGAGGAAUUAAAAAUGGAAGAAGAAGAUGGUGAGUUUCGACAAUGGGAUGAGUUACUCCCAGACGCUCUUGGGUUAAUCUUUAGCCACUUACCACUUCAAGAGAUCCUAACAGUGGUGCCUAGGGUUUGCAAAGCAUGGAACAGAGCUGUAACCGGACCUUAUUGCUGGCAAGAGAUAGACAUUGAGCUAUGGAGUAACCGUUGCCACCAGUCCGAUCAUCUCGAUCGAAUGCUUCAGAUGUUGAUCCUCAGGAGCUCUGGCUCUUUGCGCAAACUCUCUGUCACUGGCCUUCAAAAUGACUCCAUCUUCUCCUUCAUUGCUCAACAUGCUGGUUCGCUUAAGACCUUGAAGGUGCCGAGAAGUGGUCUGAGCAAUUCAGGUGUUGUCAACGUAGCCGAAAAGCUUUCAUCUCUCACGUUCUUGGACUUGAGCUACUGCUGCAAACUCGGCCCGGAGGCGAUACAAGCCAUAGGCAGACACUGCAAAUCCCUGAUAGAGUUCUCCAGAAACAUGCAUCCCUUGGACGUAGCGAGCGUCGACUCACACGACGAUGAAGCUGAUGCGAUCGCCAGCACGAUGCCGAAGCUGAAGCGGUUAGAGAUCGCGUACCACCGAGUCAGCACAGAAGGAGUGCUCAAAAUCUUAUCGUCUUGCGUUUCUCUCGAGUUCUUGGAACUUAGAGGCUGUUGGGACGUGCAACUAGAUAACAAGUUCUUCAAGGAGAAGUUUCCGGAUAUGAAAGUGUUGGGUCCACGCGUGAUCGGAUUCUACGAUAUGAUAAACGACUGGGAGGAUUGCUGCUCGGAUUAUUUCUCAGAUGGGUCUGAUUACUUGGCUUGGGAGUUUCUUGAGGAUGGUGAGAUGGGAGAGUUUUAUGAAGAAGAUUUUGAGCAUGGUUGGGACGAUCAUUUCUAUGCGGAUAGUGUGAAUAUAGACAUGGAACCGCAUCUUUGGCCGCCAUCUCCUUGAAACCAGGUCUUGCUAUGGUCUAGGAAUGGUAUUAGCCUCUUUAUGUGCUUUUGCUCUCUAUGUAUGGGUGCUUGAUACUUGUUUGGAUUCUUUGCGUUUUUCUAAUCUAAACCGGGCCGGUGUUCAUGCCUUUUUAUGUUUCUCUUUUUACUUUAGUUGAUGUUUAGAUUCGUAUUAAUUAUAUUUUAUAGUAUAGAGAUAUUUGAUAUAUGUACUGUGUCUGUGUAUAUGUAUGGAAUUGAAGAUGUCAAGUUGAUGUAUAAGAAACAAAAAGUGAAUAAGUAAAAAGACAAGCUAUUGAUGAA